AUGCAUUCACGCCCGAUACUGGCACAUCUGCCGGUCUAUGAACCACCCUCCUUGAACGGAAAGCGCCCACCGUUCAUGUAUACACAGUUUGCAGAUUACCUUGCCCAGGUCUUUUGUCUGGAACGGCCUAGGCAUCUGGUUGACCCCAGAACGAGAUGGAAUGGACCAAAGUUCUUUGAAAAGAAGGUUUUGCUCUUUGAAUGUGUGACAGAAGCGUACUGGGCACAGAGAUUGCCGGACUGGAAUGGGAGGAAGCAGUAUGAGUUGUUGAACCUGCCACACGGGGAGGAUGGUGUGGACAAUGAGCGUGCUAAGGAGGCUGAGACACUUGUCCAAGGUGUGCUGAGCUUGUCCUCCACAAUGAAGGUGUGGCAUGGCCUUGUUACUGCAGGCCGAGAGCAUUUAGCUGAGAUAUGGGACAAUCCGGAUCACCAUGAUGCGGAUAUCAGACCAGGGACGUUUGCAGCGUACUUGCGAGAGGCCAGUGAGACAUUUGAGCAGACAAAAGAGCUGGUGCCGCUUAAGAUACCUGUGAUCGAGAAGGCACUGCUGCGGGCGGGAAUCACAGAGGUAGUUAGAUAA